AUGCCGACGUCCAACCAAGCCCGGGAAUUGCUUAGGUCGAUCUACCCUAAUGUCAAUGCAGACGACCCGAGCGAUCCUGGCGCGGAACAUGUCAAAAAGAUUGUCGCCCUCAUUGACACAUUCUUUCACUUGGAAUUUGGUCGCUUCAGUACCGCCGAGUACGGAAAUGAAAAUACAGUGGACGUGUUGUAUGACUUUCCAACUUUUGAGUAUCUUCUCGCCGCAAAAAUUUACCAUUGGAAGCAGAUGAGAAAAAUAAUACACGACAUCCCCGACGAAGACAAGAAAGUCACCAAAGCUGACCUGGCUGCAUUGCUCCCGACCCACGAAGAGAUCCUUGCCUUUCGCGUCUUGACCGCCACCGGCGUGGACAAUACGGACCUUGGAGCCGCCCUGCGCUCGGAGAAGGAUGCGGCCUAUCUUCUCGCUCCAAAAGUGUUUGCCAAGAAACAACCGGCCGUGAAGAAGGCGGGUCUCGUCGUGCAACGCGACAACAUCGACAACAACACCAUGGCCAUCGUGUCGCAGGCGAAGAAGCUCUCCAAGAUCAUGACCACGGAGCUGCAGAUCGUCCGGAAGCAAAAUGCCGAGGCAGCAAAGAAGGUGGCUAUUCUUCUGGAGGGACUCAAGAGCGUCAAGGACAUCGUGGCCAGCAUGACCCAGACCUGA